AUGACUGCUAUAAAGGCAUUAAACCCGAAAGCUGAGGUAGCCCGUGCUCAGGCCGCUCUUGCAGUAAAUAUCAGUGCUGCUCGGGGUCUUCAGGAUGUGCUCAAAAGUAAUUUGGGACCAAAAGGAACAAUGAAAAUGUGAGUGCAAUUGGCCAUGCUCGCUAGCAGUUAGCAUGCUACUGCUGCUAGUUUGGCUAACAUCGUGGUAUCCUGGCAGCCAGUAGACCAUUUAUGGUAUUAGAUAUGUUUAUUUUGUCAGAUCCAUUUGUACCCAGUAGUUUCUCUAAGAAACUAUGUUAGCUUGAUAGAUAGUGCUGGAUUUCCUAGCCACCUCCUAAAUACGUAGCUACCGUUAGCUAGCUAUAAUUUAGCUAGCUGGAUUAUCAUCAGGGAGUGGUUUUACAAUGGGCACUGGAUUAUUUGACCAAUCAAUGUUAUUAGCUAGAAAGGAUAAUCAGCAGACACCUAAACCCUUUGGAGACUAACUGAAAAGCUGACUAUCAGUUUAUAUACAACUAGUCUCAUUGACAUUGUCUUCUAGCUAUACUCGUGAUUUAGAGACAUUACUGUACAAUUCAUCUAGUCAUGCAUUAACGUCACAUAUUCAAACAUUUGGUGAGCCUCUAACAAAUUAUUUUUGUGUGCUUGUUUGUAGGCUUGUAUCAGGGGCUGGUGACAUAAAGCUGACCAAAGAUGGUAAUGUCUUGUUGCACGAAAUGGUAAGAUAAAUAUCCCAUGAGAUUGAUGUACAGUUAACGCCCAUGUGUGCUUUUUUUGUAGCUCCCAUGGAUUUUACUGUGCUACAGUAAAGUGUUGUCUAUAACCUCUGCAUUGGAGGAGUUGCAUUCUCCUCCACAUGUAUUCAGCAGACCAGUACAUUUAAUCUAACAUCUGUAACCUUACUAAUUGUGAGAUAUAUUGCCUUAUAGUCUUGCUUUGACACUUAUGUCUUGUCUUCAAUCAGCAAAUCCAGCAUCCGACAGCAUCCUUGAUUGCCAAAGUGGCUACGGCACAGGAUGACAUCACAGGUGACGGUACAACAUCCAAUGUGCUCAUCAUUGGGGAGCUCCUGAAACAAGCAGACCUCUAUGUGUCAGAGGUGAGAUUUGGUUUGGCGGACGCCCCCAACAUGUAAUUGAAAUAGUUUCCUAGUUAAAAUAAUGGAUUUUCAUAAAGACCUUUCAUUUUAGCAAGGUUGUGUGAUGACUUAAAAUUAUUUAAUUGAUAAAUGUAGAAUCGGUGCAUCUAAAGCAGGUUGCAGAAUCUGCAUCCCAGUACCAUUAGUCAACCCCCUAUUCCUGUGUUUUUUCCCAACCUUUUUUUUUUAUUUAUUUUUUAUUUUUUACUUUGCACCCAAAAAGGGUCUCCACCCACGGAUAAUAGCAGAAGGUUUUGAGGCAGCCAAGGAGAAAGCUCUGGAGGUAUUGGAGGAGAUGAAGGUGACCAGAGAGAUGGACAGAGAGACCCUCAUCCACGUGGCCCGCACCUCCCUCAGGACCAAGGUCCACGCCGAGCUGGCUGAUCUCCUCACAGAGGUAGAAGUGUGUGUGUGACUGUUUGUUGUGAGUUGUGGUUUGGAGAGUUCUUGAAUCUGGCUCAUGUUACUUUAUUGGUCAUCAAGAAAGCACUUGUCCAGACUUGGGUUCAAAUACACUGAACAAAAAUAUAAAAGCAACAAUUUCAAAGAUUUUACUGAGUCACCGUUCAUAUAAAGAAAUUAGUAAAUUGAAAUUAAUUCAUUAGGCCCUAAUCUAUUGAUUUCACAUGACUGGGAAUACAGAUAUGCAUAUGUUCUUCACAGAUACCUUGGGAGAAGAAAAAAAAGGUAGGGGCGUGGAUAAGAAAAGCAGUCAGUAUCUGGUGUGACCACCAUUUGGCUCGUGCAGCGCGACACAUCUUCACAUAGAGUUGAUCAGGCUGUUGAUUGUGGCCUUUGGAAUGUUGUCCCACUCCCCUUCAAUGGCUGUGCGAAGUGGCUGGAUAUUGGCGUGAACUGGAACACGCUGUUGUACACGUCGAUCCAGAGCAUCCCAAACAUGCUCAAUGGGUGACAUGUCUGAGUAUGCAGGCCAUGGAAGAACUGGAACAUUUUCAGCUUCCAGGAAUUGUGUACAGAUCCUUGCAACAUGGGGCCGUGCAUUAUCUUGCUGAAACAUUGAGGUGAUGGCGGCGGAUGAAUGGCACGACAAUGGGCUUCAGGAUCUCGUCACAGUGUCUGUGCAUUCAAAUUGCUGUCCAUAAAAUGCAAUUGUGUUUGUUGUCCGUAGCUUAUGCCUGCCCAUAACACAACCCCACCGCCAACAUGGGGAACUCUGUUCACAACGUUGACAUCAGCAAAUCGCUCGCCCAUACAACGGCCAUCUGCCCGGUACAGUUGAAACCUGGAUUUUUCUGUGAAGAGCACAUUUCUCCAACAUGCCAGUGGCAAUUGAAGGUGAGCAUUUGCCCACUGGAGUCGAUUACGACACCGAACUGCAGUCAGGUCAAGACCCUGGUGAGGACAACGAGCAUGCAGAUGAGCUUCCCUGAGACUGUUUCUGACAGUUUGUGCAGAAAUUCUUCAGUUGUGUAAACCCACAGUUUCAUCAGCUGUCCGUGUGGCUGGUCUCAGACGAUCCUGCAGGUCAAGAAGCCGGAUGUGGAGGUCCUGGGCUGCCGUGGUUACACGUGGUCUGCUGUUCAGGCCGGUUGGAUGUACUGCCAAAUUCUCUAAAACGAUGUUGGAGGUGGCUUAUGAUAGAGAAAUGUACAUUAAAUUCUCUGGCAACAGCUCUGGUGGACAUUCCUGCAGUCAGCAUGCCAAUUGCAUGCUCCCUCAACUUGAGACAUCUGUGGCAUUGUGUUGUGACAAAACUGUACAUUUGAAUGGCCUUUUAUUGUCCUGAGCACAAGGUACACCUGUGUAAUGACCAUGCUGUUUUAAUCUGCUUCUUGAUAUGCCACAACUGUCAGGUAGAUGGAUUCUCUUGGCAAAGGAAAAAUGCUCACUAACAGGGAUGUAAACAUUUGUGCAUAACAUUUGAGAGAAAUAAGCUUUUUGUGCUUAAUGGAAACAUUUCUGGGAUAUUAGUUCAGCUCAUGAAACGUGGGACCAACACUUCAUGUUGCAUUUAUAUUUUUGUAUAAUUUGAAAUCUUUCAAAUACUUACACUAUAUAUACAAACGUUUGUCAAAUUUAUGCUCUGCUAGAGCUGCCCCGGUCAACUGUAAGUGCUGUUAUAGUGAAGUGGAAACUUCUACGAGCAUGAACGGCUCCGCUGCGAAGUGGUAGGCCACACAAGCUCACAGAACGGGACCGCCAAGUGCUGAAGCGUGUAAAAAAUAGUCUGCCAGUUGCAACACUCACAACCGAGUUCCAACCUGCCUCUGGAAGCAACGUCAGCACAAGAACCUGUACCUCGGGAGCUUCAUAAGCCUAAGAUCACCAUGCGCAAUGCCAAGCGUCAACUGGAGUGGUGUAAAGCUCCCUGCCAUUGGACUCUGGAGCAAUAGAAACGCGUUCUCUGGCGUGAUGAAUCCCGCUUCACCACCUGGCAGUCCAACAGACAAAUCUGGGUUUGGCGGAUGCCAGGAAGAACGCUACCUGCCCCAAUGCAUAGUGCCAACUGUAACAUUUGGUGGAGGAGGAAUAAUGGUUUGGGGCUUUCAUGGUUUGGGCUAGGUCCCUUAGUUCCAGUGAAGGGAAAUCUUAACGCUACAGCGUACAAUGACAUAUUCUAGAUGAUUUUGUGCUUCAAACUUUGUGCCCACAGUUUGGGGAAGGCCCUUUCCUGUUUCAGCAUGACAAUGCCCCUGUGCACAAAGCGAGGUCCAUACAUCGGUGUGGGAGAACGUGACUGGCCUGCAGAGAGCCCUGACCUCAACCCCAUCGAACACCUUUGGGAUUAAUUGGAACGCCGACUGCGAGCCAGGCCUAAUCGCCCAACAUCAGUGCCCAACCUCACUAAUGCUCUUGUGGCUGAAUGGAAGCAAGUCCCCGCAGCAAUGUUCCAACAUCUAGUGGAAAGCCUUCCCAGAAGAGUGGAGGCUGUUAUAGCGGCAAAGGGGGACCAACUCCAUAUUAAUGCCCAUGAUUUUGGAAUGAGAUUUUCGACGAGAAGGUGUCCACAUACUUUUGGUAGUAUAGAGCAGGGAUGGGCUACUCUAGUCCUCAGGCCGGAGUGGUGUCACACUUUUCCCCCACCCCUAGCAAACACAGCUGAUUUUUAAACUAAUUGCAUUCUAAACUGAAUAUCAUGACUAGUUGGUCUAUUGGAGUCAGUGUGUGGGCUGGGGCAAAAGUGUGACGCCAAUCAGGCCCCCGGGGACUGGAGUUGCCCAUCCCUGACUUAAAGCAUUUACUUGAGCCUGGCUGGUGUGGGACUUUUUUGGGGGGCUCUUCCAUGGGUUCCAUUACGCCAGACAAGCUUAAUCAAGCAAUACGGUACUAGCUGUACUUGUCAUUCAACUGUAUGAUCACCACAUCUAAUAACUUCACUCCCCUCACUUUGGGGAUAUUUUUCAGGCUGUGGUGGAUGCUGUGCUGGCUAUCCACAGACCCAAUGAGCCUAUUGACCUGUUCAUGGUGGAGAUCAUGGAGAUGAAGCAUAAGACUGACAGCGACACACAGUGAGUGUACAUAUCUCUCUCCCUCAUACAGUCACACUCAGUCACUGACAAUGCGUACAUUCGAAUUGUGUCCAACAUUAUGCCCUUUGUCCGCUCCUUAGGCUGAUCCGAGGCCUGGUGUUGGACCACGGCGCCCGUCAUCCAGACAUGAAGAAACGGGUGGAGGACGCCUUCGUGCUCACUUGCAAUGCCUCUUUGGAAUAUGAGAAAACGUCAGUAUAACAUUAGCGCAGCUAUCUUUGGCUUUUUCUAGCUGGAAUAGAUUUGUAGGCAUGGGUGAAUUCUGUGUUACUGUCAGUAGUAGACACUGUGCAAAAACAUCAUUUCACUACUUCUUUACUAAGGGUGAGUGCUGUCCUGUGCAUCACCUACUCCAUGGAGAAGUGAAUGCAAGUACUGCAGUUUAGUUUAUUUCAGAGAUGAGGCGCAAAGCUCUUUAAGCAUGAAUGAGUUUUGGUAAUUGGAAAGUCAAUAUUAUAGGAUGUAACUACUACAGGAAAGGGGCUUGUAGUGUGACCGCCUAUGUUGUAUACUUUCCUAAUGGAGUGUCCUCAUCAGUUUGUGAAAAGAGCAUGGAUUUAUAAACAGUCAGUUCACAUAAACCCCUGCUUUACUUUCAGCGAGGUGAACUCUGGCUUCUUCUACAAGAGUGCUGGCGAGAGGGAGAAGCUGGUGGCUGCUGAGAGGAAGUUCAUCGAGGAGCGUGUUAAGAAGAUCAUCGAGCUCAAGAAUGCAGUGUGUUCUGAUAACAACAAGGGCUUUGUGGUCCUCAACCAGAAGGUAUGACUAGGAAGUUACCUUUUUCGCCAGUUAAUACAUUAUUUGGAAAUGUGAACUGUGAGCUAUCAAAGGAAAUUAUGUUUAGACUCUCAGGCAAUACUAACUUAUUAAGCAGAAGUGUCUGACGGCACAGUGAACACCCUUGUGUGCUUUCUUUGUAGCUCCCCUGGAUUUUACUCUGUGCUACAGUAAAGUGUGGUCUGUAACCUCUGCAUUGGAGGAGCUGCAUUCUCCUCCACAUGUAUUCAGCAGACCAGUACAUUCAGUGUUGCAGCAUAUUAAAGAUGAUUUUAAUUGGGUUCGUUAAAUAUCACAAUAAAAAUGUUUGCUCCUUACAGGGCAUUGACCCAUAUUCCCUGGAUAGUCUGGCCAAAGAGGGGAUUGUAGCUCUGCGUAGGACCAAGAGGAGGAACAUGGAAAGGUAAAAAAAAAAAAUAUAUAUAUAUAGCCUGCCUUAAUUCUUUGUUCGUUUACAAGCUUGAACAGUGCAUUUCGGAGAGAUACACUUGGGCAUGGACGAAUUCUGUGUUACUCUUGUCAGUAGUAAAAUCAGUCAGACACCAUGCAAAAGCAUAUUUUCAUUCCUACUUUACUAAAUGUGAGUGCUGUCCUGUGCCUCACCUACUCAGUGGAGGAGUGAAUACAAUGUAGUCUGUGUGUGUGACUGUAAUAAUUUACAGUGUGUCUUGCUGACCCUUUUACCCGCCCCCCAGACUCACCCUGGCCUGUGGAGGUAUCGCCAUGAACUCUUUUGAAGACCUCACUCCAGAAUGCCUGGGCCAGGCUGGUCUGGUCUAUGAACACACCCUGGUGAGUUAACGUGCUGGGUCUUUACCUCUAGACCAGGACAAACCGUCAAAUGGUCUGUACCAGUUUCCAAAACAUUUGCAACAGAAUUCCUCGUGUUGUGUGGGUGGGUGGAAUCACUACCCACAUUCACCCCACUAAGUAAGGAUACAAAAGGGGCCUAUCAGCUUGCCUUGUCUCUGUCCAAUACUAUGAAAAUCUAUGAUUUGGUAAAAAUAUGUAUAAGAUGUCAUGAAGGUCAAAUAUGUAAUAUUGUGCUUUAUCAUGAAGUUAAAUAUGUAAUGUAGUGGUUUCUCACCCUUUACAGGGUGAGGAGAAGUACACAUUCAUAGAGAAGUGUGGGAACCCCCGGUCAGUGACCCUGCUGGUGAAGGGACCCAACAAACACACCCUGACCCAGAUCAAAGACGCAGUCAGGGAUGGGCUCAGGGCCGUCAAGAACGCCAUCGAGGACGGUACGUACUGCUGCAAUGGAAGUUCAUCUGACACUCUAGGCAGGAUUAAUCAAACUCAGCAACUAUUUGAAUCCAGCUCUGUUAGGCUCUACUAUCAGAUGAUAUUGAGUGGGGGAGUUUUUGGUUUUAUCAAGAUGGGACUGAUUCUGUAACGAUGCUGGAAUAGAUUUGUAGGCAUGGAUGAAUUCUGUGUUACUCUGUCAGUAGUAGAUGCAAUCAGACACCAUGCAAAAGCAUCCUUUCACUUCUUCCUAACUAAAGGUGAGUGCUGUCCUGUGCCUCACCUACUCCAUGGAGAAGUGAAUACAAGUAGCAAAUUUAAGUGCAUACUAAAACUCUUCAGGAACGGUCCACUGUAAAGUCUUUCCUAUGGAAUGUUGAGAAGUCUGCGGUCAGGGGGCAUCCAUUAACAUUUUCAAACUCUACUCUGCCUCAAAACACUUAAUUUGUGUGUAUAAUAAUACAUUUUUGAAAUCUGUUUGUUUCUGACUGAGCUCUUCAGUACUGCUUAUCAGCCAGUCAGCUGUUGUUCAGUCUGACCCCAGUGUUGACUUUGCAGGCUGCGUGGUGUCAGGGGCCGGGGCCUUUGAGGUAGCUGUGCAUGAUGCUCUGAUAAAGCACAAACCCUCAGUGAAGGGCCGGGCUCAGCUGGGUGUGCAGGCUUUCGCUGAUGCCCUCCUCAUCAUCCCUAAGGUAUGUAAUGAGUCUUAAACGAAGGUUGUUAUUUAAUUUUUUUUCUUAUUUUUGUCAAUGCCUUCCGUGCUUUAGCAUUGUAUUGAUAUAACGUCUAUAUAACUCUGACAAUGAAGGAUAUCCAGCUUUUAGUUAAGAAAAGUCUCAGAGCUAUUGCUAUGUACUGCUGACAGACUGUUUCUUUCUCUCCAGGUACUAGCCCAGAACUCUGGGUAUGAUCCAAUGGAGACCCUGGUCAAACUCCAGACAGAGUACAAAGAGAGUGGUCAGCUGGUUGGAGUGGACCUGAGUUCUGGUAUGCAAUUUAAAGUUUUUUCUUAAAAUCUCAAACUGAGGAUAGGGAUUUAUUUCACAUCCAAUUGCAUGGCACAUCAUACCCAUUUCCUAUGUCAAAACUAAAAAUAUUAAAAUUCACUUUAAAUUGACCAAUUAUUUUUCUUUAGGUGAACCAAUGGUCGCUUCAGAAGCUGGGGUUUGGGAUAACUACAGUGUUAAGAAACAACUCCUUCACUCAUGGUAAGAACAACACACCCUUUUUAAAAUCUCAAAUCAGUACAACCCUUUAGAUUUAAGAUUCAAUGACCCUUUGGAUUAAACUGUUAUUGAUUUAUUUGUUUUCUGUCCACAGCACGGUAAUAGCCAGCAACAUCCUGUUGGUGGAUGAGAUCAUGAGAGCAGGCAUGUCAUCCCUGAAGGGCUAA